CCUUUCAUACAUAGUAAUAUAUUCGUAUAAAGAAUAAGCAAGGAGGAAAUGUUUUUCAUCGUUUUUUUUACGAUCGGUUGAAUAUGUAUCGUAAACAUAAAGUUUAAGGAUGACCUGGUAACUAAUUACCAAAUUAAGCAAAUCAUUAUUAUGUGUAGCUAUAUAUGGAAAUUCUUAUAAAAAAAUAAUAUCUUUACAUCAUAAAUAAUGUAAGAAAUAUAUUAUACAAAAGAUAAAUUUAAUUAAAGGAAUUUUUAUUACAUGUUUUUAAAUCGUACAAAGCACGAAUUGACACAGAAUUAACGGAGAAAUAUGUAAAUAAAUCAAGAGAAUUAACAUCAAUUACCAAACCGAUUUUCCCAACAAUCUGUUUAUGAUAAUCUCGACAUCAUGUUGAUUGGAAAUUUAAUUGUCCAUUGCGAAAAUGAAAGGUUUAUUUACCUUUCCAUCUAAUUAUUCAAAUUAUAUUUGGUAUAAUGCGCCAACCAGUUUCCAAAUUUCAAUUCCAAUUGCAUCCUCAACGAUAUAUAAUUUUGGAAGAAUUUUUAAUCGAUUCGAAACAUUAUAUCAAAAGUAAUAAUAAUGCUUUCUUCAAACAUGUGUAAUUAACUUAUCAUUAGAAAAAGAAAUUAUACAAAUUAUAUUAUAAUGAAUAUCUCAAUUACAUAACAGAGGCGUGUUUAAAGUUUCUCCAGCGAUGAUUGAAAUUGCAUGCAUUCAAACAUUAAAUGACUAUCGCAUUUGCUACUUUCCACUUUUUUUUUCAAUGAAAGAAUAUUUACAUAUCAAGAAUACGCGUUAACGAUCUCAUGAAUUAAUAACUUUUUUCGACGAUGUUUCCUUUAAAUCAACCGCUCUAUUUGCAAAAAACUUUUCAAUUAUACACGAGAUUACAAAUUUCACUUUGUACAAAACAUUUGAGAACGUUUAAAAUGAUCAAUCAUAACUACAUAUUGUUAAAUGCAUUUUAAUCUUAUGCAUUGAUCGUGUAUCUAAUUACAGAACUAAUAUCUCUCGCAAUUACAAACGAGAUAUCUAUCAUACAUAAAUAUUAUACACAAAUAUUAAUUAACGUUAACAAUUGCAAAUAAGUUUUUCAUAUUAUUCUUAAUGAUUUAUAUUAUAAUAAUACACUUUUAAUGGAUGGAAUAAUAGAAAGAUUAAUAUCCCACGAACAAACAAUUAAUUUCAACAAGAAUUUCAAUUGUUUGAAAAAUUAUCGUAUUUAAAUAUUUUGAUCUAUAUGUAUCGAGAUAAUAUCGAUGUAUAUAGAUAAUGCCACGAGAUAGAUUUUCACGCUUGCAAAUAAAAAACAUAGCAGUUUAAAAGGAACGCAGAAUUUUCACGCAUGUACAUAAUACCGAGUUUUCAUGCUCCCCUUCUCUAUUUUUCUCUCCCAGACACAACACUUUCGUUAUGCUCCAAAUCCUCCCUUUGCUCCUCGCCGUUCGUUUUACGGAAAAUCUAAAGUGGUAAUAAACCAACACGUUUCGAGUUUCCCAGUCAGUCGAUUCUCGCGUUGUUAAAGACCACUUGGACUGGCUAAGCUGGAUCCCCAUUCGACAGAAAGAUGUUUGGACAUAAACGGAAAAAAUGGAUAACUUACAGCGAAUAAUAGGAUACGCGACAGUUCUUUCCCUUUUUCAUCAACUUUAUUCCGAAAUGAAUCUUGCCACGAUAGCACAGUUUUUAAUAGUGCUAUUCCUCUCGGAGAUAAUAGCUAUGAGCAUGGCUGUGAAUUUUUUCUCAUCCUUGUUGACUAAAUCCAAAACGAAGCCAAAAUACCAACCAUCGACUAUUAAACAGAAACCACAUAUCAUUAUCAUUCUCGCCGAUGAUCUGGGUUGGAACGACGUAAGUUUUCACGGAUCGGAUCAAAUCCCCACGCCCAAUAUCGACGCCCUUGCAUACAAUGGUAUCAUCUUAAAUAAUCAUUACGUGCCCGCAUUAUGCACACCAAGCAGAUCGGCUUUAAUGACCGGAAAAAAUCCAAUUCAUCUGGGCAUGCAACACUCUGUGCUUUACCCAACCGAACCACGAGGACUUCCCCUGAGCGAGAAACUCUUACCCGAGUAUUUGAGAGAAAUAGGAUAUAAAACACACGCUGUGGGAAAAUGGCAUUUAGGAUAUUUUAAGAAAGAAUACACUCCGACUUAUCGUGGAUUUGAUUCACAUUUUGGAUAUUGGAACGGUCUUCAGGAUUAUUACUCGCAUAUUACGCAAGAACCUGAUCCGGCAUACAGCGAGUUUAAAGGUUUUGACAUGAGGCGAAAUCUCACAGUGGCAUGGGACACCGUAGGAAAUUAUUCUACAGAUCUGUUCACGAACGAAGCUAUACGAUUGAUUAAUGAGCACGAUACUGAUCAACCAAUGUUUCUAUACCUGGCUCACUUAGCUCCUCAUAAAGGAAAUGAAGAACAACUGUUUCGAGCACCCGAUGAAGAGAUUGCCAAAUUUUCAUACAUUCUUGAUCCUGAAAGAAGAAUUCAAGCAGCUGUUGUAUCAAAAUUGGAUCAAAGUGUCGGUGAUGUAAUGGAUGCACUAAGAAAUCGCGGCAUGUUGAAGAACAGUAUAGUACUUUUUAUGAGUGACAACGGUGCACCAAGCGAGGGUAUAUUGAGUAACAAGGGCAGCAAUUAUCCUCUUCGAGGCAUAAAGAAUAGUCCAUGGGAAGGUGGGACGAGAGGAGUUGCAGCUAUUUGGAGUCCUUUAAUUAAGAAAUCUAAAAGAGUCUCUAAUCAAAUGAUGUUUAUGUCCGAUUGGCUUCCUACACUUCUAUCUGCAGCAGGAGUAGAUAGAAAGCAACUUGGUAACAUCGAUGGAUUUGAUCUCUGGUCAGCUUUGGUGUUGAACAAAAUCAGUUCCAGAUCCGAAGUAGUGCUGAAUAUCGACGAUUUUAGUGAUUAUGCUGCUUUCAGACGAGGUGAUUUUAAAUACAUUAUCGGUAGAACGGAAACUGGUAGUGCUUGGCUUGGAGCAAGUGGAGAUCCAUCCGAAGGCAUUUCUCCGCAAUACGAUCCUUAUAAAAUAUUGUACAGCAAAACUGGUGUUGCUAUUUCUGGUAUUAUUACUGCCAAACAAGCGAUGGAAUUGAAAGAAAGAAGAAAAAGAAGCAUGAAUAUAUAUAAUACUGCAUUAGAAACUAAUUUUGAAGAAAAGAUACUCAGUGUCGAAAAUAUUUCCGAAUUGCGAAAGAAAGCACAUAUAACAUGCAACGUCAAAGAGGAAGAUAGAAUCCCUUGCGAACCAAUGACAGCACCAUGUCUCUUUAACAUAGAAAAAGAUCCUUGCGAAAUGGUGAAUCUUGCCAAAAGAAGACCAAUGAUUAUGGCUAUUCUGGAAAGAAUUUUAAUGAAGCACAGAAUAACCGUGAUACCUCCUAGUAAUUUAGAUGGAGAUCCUAGAGCGGAUCCAUCACUUUGGAAUGAUACUUGGACCAGUUGGUGCGAAGCUAAUCCAUUAGCACUCUCUUAUACGAAUAUUGAGGAAUUGAAACAGUAUUCUGGUCCAGCAAUUGCAGUGAUGUCCAUUAUUUUUGGCCUUUUCAUUGUUGGUAUAAUAAUGUUAUUCGUUUUAAAGUGUGGAAAAGGUAACUCGAACAAUUUAGAAAAUCCUGAAUAUCAGAAUGAUCACGAAGAAGUUGCAUAUGCUACAAAUAGUAACGAACAAUCGUUUUCUAUGUAUAGUAUUAUAACAAAUACGAGACAAAGUGAUCUAACUAAGCAUAAGCAAAUAAAUUGACACUUUCGAACGAAAUAUACGAGGAAUAAACGUCUUUUAAUUACUAUAAAGAUUUAUUACAUUAAUCGAAUUCUCAUGCAAAAGUAUCAAUGAUAUUAUAUUUGUUUAUUCAUAUAUUUAUGAAAAUGAAACACAUACGAAAUUUUUACCUCGUAUAAUCUCGUUCUUUAUUUUUCUAUUUCUUCAUUUCUUCAAAAUGUGAUCCAUACGAUAUACACGAGCAUUAUAUCGUUUAUAGGAUAACAAUGAUAAAAAUGAAACAAAUUUUCUAAAGUUAGAAGUACCACUUGUUAAAU